UGUUGCCGUUGCCCGCCUGUGCCCGUGCUAGUUGGAAGCGCCUUGUCUAGAGACUCAUCCUUCUAUGGCCUCCGUUAUGCCGACUUUCAUGAAAACACGCCCGUGGCUUUACUCUAAAAUUACCGUGUACGUAUACUUUCACAUAUAAAGUUACCGUCCGGAAAUCUGCCUCGUGCCCUCUUUAUCGCUCCACUCGCUCUUUGCUCCCACAAUAUCUUUUUUUCCUUCAGCGCGAUACCUCCCUCCUACCUAACAAUGCCUGUUGAGAGAUCGCGGGGCUCAAUGAAGCGCGAGUAUUCAGAUGGUAUGUUUAGCACUUCAUCCUAUGUUCCUGCAUCUCCUCAGAGCAUUGCCUUUGCACCGAACCUAACGCCCAUAACUUUCAACGAUCCUCCUAUUGCCCUUGAAACUACCUUUGAACCUGUGCUCUUUCCCACUCCUACUGGAGAAUGUUCGUCCCGCCGGCCCACGCAUAGCAAAAAGCGGCCCGACGAUCAUAUCCCCCGUCCCCCUAAUGCAUUCAUCCUCUUCCGCUCAUCCUUCAUCAAAAGCCAGCACGUAUCUACAGGAGUGGAAACUAACCACAGCACACUUUCAAAGAUAAUCGGUCUUACGUGGCAGAAUAUGCCCCAUGACGAGCGCCAGAUUUGGCACGCAAAGGCAAAGAAGGCAUUGGAGGAUCAUAGGCGGAAGUGGCCGCAGUAUGCUUUCCGCCCUUCUCAUGCAAAAGCCAAGGGUGGAACUGAGAAGCGGAAAGUUCGGGAAGUGGAGCCGAAGGACAUGAAACGCUGCGCGAAAAUUGCCGAACUCCUUGUAGAGGGAAAGAAGGGCCAGGAGCUUGAAGACGCAAUUCAGGAAUUCGAUCGCACGCACGUCCCUGAGGUUGUUACCCGCUUCGAGGCUCCCAUCACUGCUCGAGCAUAUCGCCGAUCUUCAUCCGCUCCUAUUGACUAUCCGGAAACGAAGAAGUCAUUCAUUUUAUCCUCACCAGCGUCUCGUCGUAUACGUGCUACGAGUAGCCACCCGUCCCUCUCGUCGACUUGGAAAUCUCAGUGCGAGGAUCUUCCACUGAGGUCUGAUAGUCUAGCGUCAGAGGACUGCCUCGAUUUCUCGACAUCGUCUUCAUUUAUUUCAUCAAGUUAUUCGUUCCCUGCCAAACCUCAACCAUCGAUGGAAUUCGACCCUUUUAUGUUCGACGUAGCGUUCGGCAAUUCGAUAGCGUCCGCGGGUCCAACUUUCCCAGAUUUCUCUCCUUCACCAUGCGAGACACGGGUUCAAACACCUUCAUUAGUUAUCGAUACCUCACUGUGCAGCGGCGACUGGUCGCAAGCUUCAUCACCAUACUGCAACUCUCCUGUCACGCCCCAAAUUCCCCUCGACCCUUCAGCUUUCGAUACUCUAUGUGCGGAAGGCAACGAUCUGUUCACAUCUAGUUCGUUUUCCUUCAACGACUCAUAUUCCCUGCCUUGCAACGGGGGAUAUUCAGACAGCUUCAGCGCAUUCGGUCCCCCCGAAAAUUUCGACGCAUCCUCGUUCCCGCAUCAAGAUUUCUUCUCGAAAGACCAAUUUUCGUUGUUCGAACCAGGAAAAUUGGAGCUUGCCAGCGUGGAUAUGGAAUUUUCCGCUUUCAUGUCAUCAAUGUCCGCCUUCUGACCACGAGUGUACUAUUUUUCCUUUGCGAACGCGGUUUCCCACUAAGUAUCUAACCGAUGUAUUUUUACUUGCAAAUACGGAACUCUCCAGUGUAACAACUUAUCAACUCUUCUCACCUCAUUGCGAUACAUAUUUCCGUCAUACCCACUUGGCUGUGUAUAGUUAUACCUAUCUACAUGUACUUAGAACGAUUUCUCCAUUUGCCAGCGCAAUGGAAGAGAAUUUUCAUAGAUUUCUGCGAUUAUCUUACCUUGGACAUGAUCAUGAGGACCUCAAGAAUGACGGCAUUCAUGCACACUUGGGGAAGGAGCGACUAUAUC